AUGAUUCGCUUUAUUCUUAUUCAAAAUCGAGCUGGUAAAACUCGCUUAGCUAAAUGGUUUAUGAACUUUCAUGAUGAUGAAAAACAAAAAUUAAUCGAAGAAGUUCAUGCUUUAGUUACAGUACGAGAUGCUAAACACACAAAUUUUGUCGAAUUUCGGAAUUUUAAAAUUGUCUAUCGUCGUUAUGCCGGUUUAUAUUUUUGUAUAUGUGUUGAUGUUAAUGAUAAUAAUUUAGCUUAUCUUGAAGCAAUACAUAAUUUUGUUGAAGUUCUUAAUGAGUGA